AUGUCGUCGACGUCCCCGCCGAUCUCGCCGUGCGUCAAAUCCCCUCCCCCCGCGGCGCGGCGCUCCGUCUCCAUCUCCGCGCUCGAGCGCAAGCUCCGCACGUACGCGUCGCACGUCCCGAACCUCGUGCUCUCGCACGUCGCGCGGCGCGAGCGCGAGCGCGAGCGCGGGGAAGACGGAACGCCAUCCGUCGCGGCGGCGGCGUCCGAGUUGGCGUCGGUUCCCGCGAAAAGCGAGACGUUUCCCGCCGCGGUGCUCUUUCUCGACAUCGUCGGAUACGUGAAGCUGACGUCGGCGACGCAUCGCGGCACGGAGUUGCGCGAGGCCAGGGACGCCGCGCUGGACGGGACGCUGACGCGUUCGAUGACGUGGCGCAGCGAGAGCCACGCGCGCGCGCGCGGCGUCGUCGACUCGACGCAGCUCGCGGGACUCACGGGGGAGACGAUGCGCGACGUCGUCAACGCGUGCUUUGAAAACGCGCUGGCGACGAUUCGCGCGCGGGGGGGGGACGUGUUGAAGAACGGCCCUCGCGGGGCGUCUUCCGCGCCUCCGCGCGGGGCGCCGCGGUCGGCGCGGUCCGUGACCCCGAGCCCUCUGGGCGUCGCGACGUUGCGCGCGAUCGAGUGCGCUUUAGAAAUCCUAACCGACGCGAACGAGCGGUUACCUUUCAAUCCGUCCAUCCCCGACGCGCGUUUGAAAGCGUGCGUCGGCGCGGGAGAGCUCGCGUCCGCGCACGUCGGCGGCGGCGGCGACGGCACGCGGUGGGAGUUCCUCGUCGCGGGCGAGCCGCUUCGACAGAUCGAGCGCGUCGCGUCGCUCGCGCGGCCGGGGCAGGUCGUCAUCGCGGAGGAGGUCCUCAGCGUGGACGGCGUGAAGGAGCGGAUGACGUGCUCAUCGAUGGCGGCGACGACGCCGCCGACGGCGGUGGCGGCGGCGCCGGCGGUGGCGGCGGCGGCGGCGGCGGCGCCGGCGGGCGCGGCGGAGAGCGAGGAGUGCCGUCGCUCGUCGUUCGACGAAGGUCCCCCGUUCGCCGUGCUCGCGCGCGCGACGAGUUUCACGUACUCGCUGUCGACGGGGUCGAAGUUCGGGGACUCGACGGCGCUCGACGACGGCGCGCUCGCUCCGAUCGCGCACGUCGUGGACGGCGUGCGACGCUCUCGCUACGAAGAAGACGAAGAGGAAAACGAUUUCGAAAACGUCAAAGAAGCGACGUCGACGUCGGCGCCGGCGGGUUCUUCCCGCGACGCGCUCGCGGAGGCGCUCGAGGGCUCCAGCGCGUCGUCGCGCGAGGCGAUCGCGGCCGCGCUCGCGAGGUACAUCCCGCGGUCUGCGCACGCGACGGACCCUCGAAGCGUGAACAUGCGGUGGCUCGGGGAGAUUCGGCAGUGCUCCGUGCUCUUCAUGAAUUUCACGGCGGCGGCGGCGGACAAAGACGAAUCCGAAUCCGAAUCCGAAUCCGAAUCCGUGGUAACGUUCGCGAAUAAAGCGUUACGAGUCGCCCAAGACGUCCUACACAAGCACAGCGGCUGCGUCCGCCAGUGCAUCGUGGACGACAAAGGCGGCAUCACCCUCGUCGCGUGCUUCGGACUCCCCGCGAGCACGCACGAGGACGACCCCUGGCGCGCGGUGGCCACGGCGAUGACGACGAAAUCAGGCGCGUUCCACGCACUGCCCUCGCUUUCAAACCCCGCCCGCGACGCCUUUCAACUCCGGCUGACGCCUUUCAACUCCACCCCGACGGCGCUUCGCACGGAACGGCCCUCAGAAACCGCCGCGAAAGGCGUCCAAACGCGCACCGGCGUCGCGACCGGCGAGGCGUUCUGCGGGUACGUCGGGACCAGACAGCGGUGCGAGUACGCGCUGUACGGCGACGUCGUGAACACCGCGGCGAGGUUCAUGUCGAACACGGCGAACGACGGCAUCUUAGUGUGCGAGACGACGAGGGCGCGGUGCGCGACGCGCGUGGCGUUCGGCCCGGAGAGACGGCUGACGUUGAAAGGGAAAGAGGGCGUCUUGAUCCCGGCGUUCGCGCCGCUGCGGAUGCACACGCGGCGGUCGAGCCUGCGUCCGAGCUCGACGAUCGCGUCCGGCGGCGGCGAUGGCUGUGGUGGCGAUCGUAACGGACGAUCGAUGUCCGUUUCGACCCUGCCGCCGACCGCGGCGGGGUAUCUUCGCGCGCGGAUCAGCGCGUUGCCGCCGCGGACGCAGCUGAUCGCGAAGCACGCCGCGGUGAUCGGACGAGCGUUCGAUCUGACCGCGCUCGCCGCGGUGAGCCGAGAUUGCGGGCAUCUCGACGUGACCGUCGACGCGGCGCGGCGCGCGGCGAGAGAGCUCGUCGACGUCGGCGUGUUCGCGUUCGUCGACCUCCGUCGCGGCGACGACGACGAAGCGCCCGCCUUCGGCGGCGGCGGCGGCGGCGUCGCGUUCACGAGCGACGUCGUGCAGAGCGUCGUGUACGGGCUGCUCCCGUACGCCGCGCGACAGCCCGUGCACGUCGCGAUCGCGCGGCGACUGGAGGCAGCGCACGGCGGGGCGGGCGACGACGAUCGUAACGGACGAUCGAUGGACGUUACGAUCCCCACCGUGCCGCUCGACGCCGCGUCGUCGCUCGCGUACCACUGGACGCGAGGCGGUCGGUCGGGACGCGCGAUCGAGUACCUCGCGCGCGCGGGCGAGGUCGCGACGCGAGUUGGGGACGUCGCGGACGCGGCGACGUUCUACGAGAGAGCGCUCGAGCUCGCGCGCGGCGGCGGCGGCGGCGGCGGCGGAGAGAAGCGUUUGACGACGUCGUUGAGACGCCUCGCGCGAGCGCGCGGCGGGAACGACGCCGCCGCGGCCGCCGCGCCGCGCGAGCGGCGCGAGACGAACGAGACGACGACGACGACGACGAAGGCGUCGGCGGCCGCCUCGGCGCCCUCGGCGAAGGACGCCCUCGCCUCGCGCGACGACGACGACGCGGACGACGGAACGAACGCGGGAGGGUGCUUCGCCGCGCUGCGGCGCCGGCGCGCGAGAUCCGAACGCCGCAGACCCGCGCGCCGCGCGAGGUUCUCGAGCAACAAGAUCAAGCCGUCCGCGCGCGUCGUGCGCGUGGACGGCUGA